CUCUGCCUCCUGCUGCAUACCUCUCUCCAUCAUCAUCUUCCAGCCAGUAAAGAACAACAGCUCAGCCCUGAGCUCCGACACAUUUUCCCUUAUUUCCAGCAUUUUCUUCUAUUCUCAUUCUCUCUAUUCAUCUCCUUUCAUCUCUCUUUCUCUUCUGUCCUUCAUCUGACCACAACCGGCUGCAGCAUGGCAAGCACUGUAUCAGCCUACUCUGAGAAACUGAUGGAGAUGUCAGUCCUGUCUUUCAUCUGCUCCUGUCUGCACCCCAAGCCUCAUCCCCAAACCCUCUGCAUUUUUGAUGCAGACAUGGAGGUGAAGUCAUUGAACAAGCGAACCUCUGGUCAGGCCUUUGAGGUCAUCCUGAAGAGCCCCACUGAUCUGUCACCAGACCGGCCCCAGACUUUGGCUCUAGGAGCCCACAAGAAGGAGCCCACACUGGGAGAACUGCAGAAGAAACUGGAGGCCGCAGAGGAGAGGAGAAGGAUUCAGGAGAAGCAGGUCCUGAAGCAGCUGGCUGAGAAGCGGGAGCAUGAGAGAGAGGUUCUGAACAAAGCCCAGGAGGUCAAUAACAACUACAGCAAGAUGGCAGAGGAGAAGCUGAAUCACAAAAUGGAAGUGAGCACUGAGAACCGUACGGCCCGUAUCAGUGCUCUUAAGCAGCGUCUGAAAGAAAAGGAGCUGCAUGCUGCAGAGGUGCGCAAGAACAAGGAGCUACAGUCUGAUCUCUCAGGCUAAGGACACAAAGACAGACUUGGGAAAAGCCUGCCUCCUUACUCAUCCCAACUUUUCAAGUUUGGGUUUGGAAAAAAUGUCACUUUUUAAAGCCACUCUGUCUUAAGAGGUCAUCUGAUUCUCACUUACUGUACCAGUAUCAUUUCCCACAGAAAACAAGAUCAUAACAUCUCAUAAUGUACCUCUGCAUAUCCUAGAACUUCACAAACGUUCAACUUGAUAUUCACAUUAACACUGCACAUCCAGGAGUACUGUUGUUCACAUUGGUAGUGAAUGAAAAUUCAUAGGUGACUAAUGCCAGUUUUUCUCAGUGUGCCAAAGCAAUAUGGCCAUUAACCGAACGCUGAAGAUCCAUUACUACAGAACAAUAAACUUGAAGCAUAGCAGCUUCAUAUAAAACACG